AUGGCUCAUGUAGAGGAAGCAGCCCAGCGCCUGUCCAAAAGUGGGAAGACCCUCUAUGCAUUGCUGGAGCUUCAGAAAGGUGCCUCACCUGAAGAUGUCAAAAAGGCCUACAGACACUUGUCUUCCUGUGUAUACUGCUCACUUGCUGCUGUUGCUGUUGUUGCUGCUGUCUUUGCUGUGGAACACUUGAACCACCUUCUGAGGAGGCUAAUGGAAUGAAAUGCCAACAGAAUGUCAUGAAACAGCCUCCAAGGACAGGAGCCAGCAGUCGUUUUAGAAGUGAAGAAAAUAGUGACAGUAAUUAAGAGAUGA